AUGACUUGCCAUGCGUUGCACCAAUGGAGUCAUUUCAGCCCCUUCGGAUGGCGGGCCCGCGAGGCCACAGCCUUUGGGGAUGUGCCAGAGGAGGAGGGCAGGCAAGAGCCUGCAUGGCCCGACAUUUUGCCCAUCUACCUCAAGAAGAAGUUGAAGCACGACAUGCACGCCGAUGUUGAUGCUGCCCUGCGGAAAGUGGGCGCCACCCGAGCAGCAGGUCGCUCCAAGGUCGAGCAGCAGAAGAUGGAGGAGCAGCUGGACAAGGCGAAGGAGACUGCGGAGGAGCUCAGCCGCCAACCUGCGGAGAGCCAGGAAGCCGAGAAGGAGAAGUUGGCGCAGAUGCAAGGGGCCAUGAGGGCCAAGCAAGAGGUUCUGAAGCAUGAGAUGGGCGCCACGGAGCAGUGGCUCAGCGCCCACGGGCGCCGCGACUUCGCGGAGGAGGAGCAGCUGGAGGCACAAGAGAACGAAGUCCGGAUCAAAGACGCCAUCAAGGAGGCAGAGACGGAGGCGCAGCGUCGAGUGAAGGGCCGGAACACCAUCGUGGGAACAAAGGCGGAGAACAAGUUCGGCAUGAAGAUCACCACCAAGCAGGCCUGUGACCAGGAGAAGGGCACCGAAUGGCACUUGGGGAAAUGCAUUGUCUCCGGCGAAAGCCAAAGUCCAGAUACGCCAGAAGAGGUCGCGGCUGUGAAUGCUGUGAAGACUGCCCAGACAGAGUACGACGAGUCACUGGAACUGGUGCAUGACAAGAACCAUGCUUUGAAGGACGCCGAGCGCAAGAUGAACCAUGCCAAGAUGGAGUUGCAGGUGUAUCAGAACCACCACGACAAUGGACCAAAGCUGGCAGAGCACCAAGCGAAGUUGGAUGCUGCUAAGGCGGCGUGGGAGUCCGCCCACGAUACGCUGAAUGAUGCCAAGAAGAGCUCCGCGGAGAAGCGCCAGACGCUGUCUGCGGCGCUCAGGCACGCCAUCGAUGUUGAGAAGGACGAGGAGGGAAAGGACGAGGUGGACCUGCACAGCAUCGACGAGGUGAAGAACCGCGCGGAGUCGGAUGUCCAUCGCUCUGAGGAGCAGAUUGCGGACCUCGAGGAAGAGCAGGCGCAGGUCGUGGGAGGCAUGGCGCAGAAGCUGCGAUCGGAGGCCAUGAAGCACGAGAUGGAUUCCAGCCAGCGUCGAGACCUGGAGCAGGAGGCAACAUGGCUCAAGCAGUGGCAGCACGAUGCGGAGGCGGAGGCGCACGAUCUCCAUGACGGCAACCUUCAAGAGUAUGUCAAAGACCACGUACGAGAGCAGCAGGAUGCCCAGCGGGAGAACGACGCCUCCCACAAGGCCUUUGCCGAUGCAGCUGCGGAGGGCCGGGACCAGGAGGCCUUCGAGAAGCUGAUACUGAAGCCGCCGGACGAGUCGGAGAAGCAACCUCAGGACAUACUGCACGAGGAGAAUGAGCACUUGGAGAAGCUCAUCAAAACGGACGCCGGCGCAGGGGACGAUGACCUCAAGGCCACCCGCGAGAAGUCUAAGGUGCAAAGCCACAAGAAUGCGAUUGAGUUUAGGGAGUUCAGCAAUGUGAAGGCCCUCCACGAUGCCUCGAAGGCCAGCAAGGCCUUGAUGGCGCCGGCGCUCCUCUUGCCUCGCAUCCGGGACCGGCGGCGGGGGCGCGGCUUCCUUUGA